AUGGAGGAAGCACUUAAGAAGGUGAAAAGCGAAGAAGAAGAAGAAGACGGUGCAUCUUCUCUUGCCACAUACUGCGUUACCGGAGGCACAGGGUAUAUUGGUUCGUGGCUUGUGGAGACACUUCUUCAAAAAGGGUACACUGUUCAUGCCACUGUUAGAGAUCCUGAAAAGUCACUACAUCUCCUUUCAUUGUGGACCGGAAGUGACCGAUUGAGAAUUUUCAAAGCGGAUUUGAAUGAAGAAGGAAGCUUCAAUGAGGCUGUAAAAGGUUGUGAUGGUGUUUUUCAUGUUGCAGCAUCAAUGGAAUUCGACGUUGUUGAGAAAGAAAACAUUGAGGCCUAUGUUCAAGCAAAUAUAAUUGAUCCUGCAAUCAAAGGAACCUUAAACCUUCUAAAUUCUUGCUUGAAAUCCAAUUCUGUGAAAAGGGUUGUUUUCACAUCUUCAAUAAGUACCAUUACUGCCAAAGAUGACAAUGGGAAGUGUAAACCCGUUGUUGAUGAAUCUUGCCAAAUCCAAAGUGAACAUAUAUGGAAAACACAAGCAAGUGGAUGGGUUUAUGCACUUUCAAAGCUUCUAACAGAAGAAGCAGCAUUUAAAUUUGCAAAAGAGAAUGGCAUUGAUCUUGUGUCAGUCAUAACAACCACUGUUGCAGGCCCAUUCUUCACUACUAAUGUACCAUCAAGUGUUAAAGUUCUUCUGUCGCCUAUAGCAGGUGAAACUGAAUUCUUUGAGAUACUAUCUGCUGUAAAUGCGCGAAUGGGGUCAAUCGCUUUAGUUCACAUUGAAGAUAUAUGUGAUGCCCACAUAUUCCUGAUGGAGCAUUCUAAAGCAGAUGGUCGAUACAUAUGCUGCACGCAAAGCUGUUCAUUGUCUAUGUUGGCUAAUCUUCUUGCCAAAGAGAAUUCUCACUCAAACAAGAAAUGGAUUGUUGAGAAAAAGUAUGAUACAGUUCCUUCUGAGAUUUCAUCAAAGAAAUUAAAAGAUUUGGGAUUUAGGUACAAGCAUGAGCUUAAGGAUAUAAUCCAUCAAACAAUUAUUUGUUGCCUGGAUUACGGUUAUUUACCUCCCAUUAUGCAAUAG